GUCGCUACAAUCCCAUAAUGCCCUGCUCAGCAUGCUGAGAUUGGACGCUGCCCGCUGGAAUGUUCUAAAUGAGUGCGGAUUAUGUGCAUGUCUCUCUCUCAAAUUGCAAGUAAAGCCGCAGCUCGAACGCUUUGUAUCUCUGCCGCUUGGCUGGGCACAGGAAUGAGCGUAGCAGUGGCGCACAGAGGAUUCCUCAAGAAAUAUGGGGGCUUCAUGUUCAAGCAAUGGAAAGAAAAGUAUCUGGUGUUGACGGUGGAAGGAAACCUGAUGGUGUGUCGAGAUGCAGACUCACCAGCUGACCAGGUGGUGGCGCUCCAGAGUAACUGUGAGUCCAUAGUGGAGGGUAAAGAAAUCUUGGACUUGCCCCGUUUACCCCCUGGCGGACGUAGAGACAGCUGCUUUGCCCUCAUCCUGCCCCAAGACAAGUUCCUCCUCCUGCUCUCUGAUAGCCCUGAAGAGUGCAGUCAAUGGCUGAAGUUACUCAGAAAGGUGAAGGAGGGUGUGACUUCACCACUGGCCCUGCAGAGACAGCAGAGCAUCACGCCCUGCAUCACAGACCGGGAGCCGCUUCCAGAUAUCUCCAGUGACAAAGAGCCCACAUCCCCGCACCUCAGCGACAAGGGCUUGAGCUCCCCGCGUGUCCGCUCCAGAGAGAACUCCUUCAGACACAGAGGCAGCAUAAACCAACGGCCUCCCUGCAGCCCCACUGUGGCUCCGCCCCUUCACUCCGCAGACUGCCUGCGCCACGGAAACAGCAGCGAUGCACGGGCUGUGAGAGCCGUCUGUCUGCUGAUGGGUGGAGCAGCCGCGUCCUCAGCGCUGGGCUACCUGAACUCCUGUCCACCUGCCGCCUCUAACCUGGCUGUUCAUGCUCCUGAAAUCACUCACUCCACAGGUUUCUCUGAGAUGGGGGGAGGCAGUUCGUACCAUGCUUGCAGCCAAGCCAUAGAGUCGCCACACAUUAACAGCUUCGACUUUGAGGGAGACUCUGAUUUUGAUGCUUUCGACUGUGGGGGGUUUGCAUUUUAAUGGAAUUUGUUUACGUUAUCCACAGGGUUCACACAUUCAUGGAAAAAGGUGGAAAUGUUAGGGAAUUUGAAAAUUGUUCCCAAACAUUUAAAAAGUAACGGAUAUUCCUGUAGUGAAUAUAUUUAACUUUGAAAUAUUUACUAAAUUUUAAAUAGCUCUUUUGUGAGUGUGAACACAAUAGUUUUAAAAUAAUUAUCCGGUAAUAAGGGGAACUUGAAAAGUCAUACAAACCCAUUGAUCAUAAUAUGUGCAAAUGCUGUUUACAAUGUUUGUUUGAUUAUCUAUUUACAGUAGAAGACAGUAAACUAUGUGAUUUAGAACAUGCAAAG